AUGAGCGGUAGAAUAACGUGCACGUCAUGCGGGUUAGAGUUCCCCUCAUCCGCAGACCAACGGACUCAUAUGAAAGGAGACUGGCACAGAUACAAUUUGAAGCGGAGAGUGGCCCAGUUACCUCCAAUCAGUGAAGAUUUAUUUAAAUCCAAGGUCGCUACCUUAAGUAGUAGUAAUAAUGAAGCUGAAGAAGACUCUGAGGCCAACGGAAGCGGUCGUGAGAAGCAGGUCACCAAGAAGGAAUUACGCAGAAGAGAGAAGGAAGCGUUACUCGAGAAGAAGAGACAAUUGUUGGAGUUAGCCAAAGCUCAAAUGAUAGCAAAGAUUAACGGAGAUACGCCAGAGCUGAAGGAAGAACUGAAGGAAAAACUGAAGGAAGAAGAAGUUAAGCAGAAACCAGAACAAAAAGAUCUGCAACCGGAGUCACCGGAACAAAAUCUGCCACUGCCAUCUGACUCCGAAUUAACAGAAGACCAAUUGGCCGAGAAGUUAAUGGCUAUAAAGUUAAAGUCACUGGUAGAAAUUCCUUCUACAACUUGUUUAUUCUGUCACCCCAAACAAAAGGCAUCGUUCUCCACCGUGGAAGAGAACGUGGAGCAUAUGUUUGCCAAACACGGUCUCUUUGUACCUGAGCAACUGUACUUGGUUGAUUUAGAGGGCUUGAUCAAGUACUUGGGAGAGAAGAUCGGGCUUGGGAACGUUUGUUUGGUGUGUUCGUAUCAAGGAAGAAAUGUUGAGGCUGUGAGAGAGCAUAUGAAUGUGAAGAGACACAUGAGAAUCCCCUACGAGAGCGAAAACGAAAAGUUGGAGAUUUCUGAGUUCUAUGACUUCAGCUCCACAUAUGAACAGGAUGGUGAUGCUGCUGAAGGUGAUGAUGAAGAUUGGGAGGAUGUUUCUGGUGAAGAAGAUGACGAUGAUGAAGAUGAUGAUGAUUAUAGUAUGGCGUCACGUGACCGAGGUGCACUCUUACAACAUGGCCAUGAUUUGAUAUUACCCUCGGGUGCAGUCUUGGGACACCGUCAAUUUGCAAGAUAUUACAGACAAAACUUGGCUCCUGAAAGAGAAUUGACCGAGGGUCAAGGGACGGUAAUAGCUGCCGAAACAAGACACAUGUUAACCGUUAAAGACAGACAAGAGUUGGCUGUAAAGAAGAGAGCCUGGUCCAGACAAAAGAAAAGAGAAGAUGUUAAUGAUAGAAGAGCUGCCAAGUUUGUUAAUAACCAGCCUCAUUUUAGAGACCAGUUAUUGCAAUAA